UUUAUAACCUCUAACAGUGCAAUCUUACAAAUCAUACCGAUUUUAUAUAUACACUCGUCCCGGAUAAUUUUUGCAAUGCUCUCAAGAAUACAUACUCAUCUCUCUCGUAUCUUAUCAUUUCCCUGUCCUGUAUGCGAUAACUUCACCUGACCAGACCGAUUUCCAAAGAAAGUUAUCUUGUGUGUAACAAGUCACUAUGAAUAUAACAUUCAUUUUAUAUGAAAAGAGAUUUUCCUGCUUGAACAUUCAUUUAUUCAUACGAUAUGUUUGAUUUUUCAACGUUAAAAUAUUUAAUUCAGUUUAAUUCUUAUUAAUGUUAUGUUUAUUGUGAUAUGAAAAGUGCUGAACAUUAGCAAUAAUAUCAAAUACUUUUAUUACAUUAUCAAAAGGGUGAUGUGAAAGUAAGAAUAAUGUGAGUAAUGUCAAACACUAGCAAUGAGGUAAAAUACACUCUGAAAGCAAAAGAAAAAGAAGAAUAUGCCAUGACUUGUCUAGGAACAUAUGUAUUUAUGGAUAAACAUUGUAGACAAUUAUCAACUUCAGAUAGUUCAUCUGCGCAGCAAAUUGAUUCUUUGUCACUUGCAUAUGAAGAUCUUUUCACCAUGCCUUAUAACAUCAAACAGGAUUAUGAUUUCGUAAAACAUUUAGAUAUUAGUCACAAUGUGUUCAGUAGGAAUUUACAAUUUUUAUCAGAAUUUGACAACUUGAGAUCUCUCAAUUUAGAUCACAAUAAAAUAGAUGAAAAUACUGUGUUCCCAUUCAUGCCAAAUCUUGAGCUUCUCUGGUUGAAUAAUAAUCUUAUUAAAAAUUUGUAUCCCUUUAUUAAGAAUCUUUAUAAAAGUAUACCAAAUCUAAAAUAUUUGUGCCUCAUGGGAAAUGAAGCGGCACCUAGUUAUCUUAAUGGUGGAAGUUUCUUCGAAUAUCUUCAAUACAGGUUAUUUGUGCUAUCUUGGUUUCCACAUUUGGUGCACUUGGAUGACAGAAUAGUGACUGACGAGCAGCUAUUAGAGGCCAAGAGAAUGUUCAAACGACCAUUGCUUGAAAAUGUAAUUGAACUGCCAGAAUGCAUUAAGGACUUACAUAAUAAGAUAAAUAUCUUUUCCAAGUCGUCAAUGUCUGAUGGUCAAAAAAUAUCAAGAGGAACCAAUCUUAUUAUUUAAACAGUAUUACAGUGCAGCUCAAAGAAAUUUUGACUAGAUGUUUUUUUUUAAGAAAGAAAUGAGAUUGUAAUAUGUUAUAUCCCAUUAGAAAUACGUGCCAAUUACGAAAGCAAUAUAUAUAUACAAAACAUAAUUAUUUAUAUAAAUAUUUUCUU